AUCUGGGGGCGGGGCUAAUCCGGGGGCGGUCUUAAUCCAGAGGCUGGGUUAAUCCGGGGGGGCGGGAUUAACCCCGGCCUGGCAGCCGCCCUCAGCCCCUCCCCCUCCUCCCGCAGCCAUGGACAUCGGCGGCCUGGAGACGGUGGUGGCCAACUCGGCCUACGUGUCGGCCCGCGGCGGCGCCUCGGGGGCCUCGAGCCGGGACCGUCGGCACCGCGCCCGCCUCCGCCUGCCCCACAUCUCCCAGUGCGAGGCCCUGCGCCAACGCCUGGCCGGUAACGGCGGCCAAGAUGGCGGCGCCCGCGGGGCCGCCCCCGGGCAAGAUGGCGGCGCCCGGGAGGGGGCGGAGGAGACGUCCUUCCGGUGGCAGUGCCUGGAGCAGCCAAUCGGGAAGCUGCUCUUCCGGCAGUUCCUGGAGGCCACGCCGGGAUUGGCCGCCGCCGGGGCGCUGUGGGCGGAGCUCGAGGCCUUCGAGUGCUGCGAGGAGUUGGAGCGCGGCGGCGCGGCCAAGGCCCUGCGGGGGCGCUUCCUCACGCCGGGAGGGGCCGAGCACUGCGGCUUCCUCAGCGCCGCCGCCAUGGCGCCGCCCGCAGGCCCCAGCACCCCGGAGGACUUUGGGCUGGUGCGAAAGGAGCUGCUGGCGCACCUGGAGGCGACGGCGUGGGCGCCGUACCGCGCCUCACCGUACUUUGGGCGCUUCACCCAGUUCAAGUGGCUGGAGGGGCAGCCGGUGGAUGCCGAGGCCUUCGCUGACUUCCGCGUGCUGGGCAAAGGCGGCUUUGGCGAGGUCUGCGCCUGCCAGCGCCGCGCCACCGGCAAGAUGUACGCCAACAAGCGCCUCAACAAGAAGCGGCUCAAGAAACGCCACGGCUAUGAGGCGGCGAUGGUGGAGAAGCGCAUCCUGGCGCGGGUGCACAGCCGCUUCAUCGUCUCGCUGGCCUGCGCCUUCCAGACCAAGACCGACCUCUGCCUCGUCAUGACGCUCAUGAACGGCGGCGACCUGCGGUACCACGUGUACAACGUGGACGAGGACAACCCCGGGUUCCCCGAGCCGCGGGCCGUGUUUUACACCGCCCAGAUCCUGCUGGGGCUGGAGCACCUGCACCAGCACCGCAUCGUCUACCGUGACCUCAAGCCCGAGAACGUCCUCCUCGAUGACGCCGGCCACGUCCGUCUGUCCGACAUGGGGCUGGCCGUGGAGCUCCGCGAGGGGCAGAGCAAGACCCGCGGCUACGCCGGGACCCCGG